GGAUAAGCGCUGUUUGGGAGGCCAGAGAGAAAAGAAAACACGUUUUGCUUUGUACCGAGAGGACUUCUAUCAAGUUAAUUUAAGAGGUUAAUCCAAAAUGCCCAGCACACGCUCCCAGGGACGAGCUCAGCCCACACUUCAGUUCCCUCGACGUAAAUCCUGCAGAGUUUCCUCCCGCUCCAAGAAGCCGGAGCCCCAGAAGUCACCAGCUGUGUCACCAACCAAACCAGAACCUCAGCCCCAGGCCCCGGGUCUGACCCGGAUCGGACCCCUCUCCCCGAGACGUCCCAUUAACUUGUCCACCCCACUGUCCCCCAGACGCUACACAGACCAGCCCACUCCUCUCUCCCCAACGCGGCCAGUCGCCGUCUCGUCCUCUCUCUCACCCAGACGCACUUCAGCCCAGCCACCAGCACCGUCCUCCCCUCGUCUCCAAAGCCGGAUUCCCCUCAGCCCUCGAAAGCGCAUAGGUGAUGACAAUGGCUGCAACCUUAGUACCUCCCUGCAGUGCUCACCUACAAAACAGAGCAAGCUGAGCCUGGCCUCACCACGAAAACUCGGCUUUGAUGAGAACUCACCGGUCCAGGCUCGUCGUCAGCUGAUCCCAUCCUUGGGACAACAGACUUCCACUGCCAAAUCAUCUCCGAAACGAGAAGAAACGCCUACUGGGAGCCCCAUCCAUAAAAAUCUGAGCAAGAAGCCACCCGUUGCUCGACUGUUUGGAGAAAAGUUGAGGUUUCAGAGUGUGAAGCAGGCGCUCCACACUGCCAUCCCUGAGCGCCUUAUGUCCCGAGAGGCCGAGCGGACCUCCAUCAGGUCCUUCCUGGAGGACAAAGUAUUUCAGCAUGUUCCCGGCAGCCUCUACAUCUCUGGAGCCCCGGGAACAGGCAAGACAGCCUGCCUCAACUGUGUGCUGCAGGAGAUGAAGGCUGAGCUGUCGUCAGUACAGACGGUGAUGGUGAACUGCAUGAGUCUGAGGAGCUCCCAUGCCGUCUUUCCACUGCUGGCUGACAAACUGAAGGCAUCUGGCGGUCAGAACGGACUGCAGAGGUUCCUGACAGCCCCGGGGCCCACUGUUCUUCUUGUUCUGGAUGAGAUGGAUCAACUGGACAGCAAAGCCCAGGAUGUCCUCUACACAAUCUUUGAGUGGCCGUACCUGCCAAAGUCUCGCCUCUGUCUCAUCGGUAUUGCAAACGCUCUAGAUCUGACUGACCGGAUCCUGCCCAGACUGCAGGCUCGUCCCCAGUGUCGCCCUCUGCUGCUGCACUUCCCUCCCUACAGCCGGGAGGAGCUCACAGCUAUUGUACAGGACAGACUUGUACAGGCGUCGGCUGAAGGGCUCCUCGACGCUUCUGCACUUCAGUUCUGUGCCAGGAAAGUUUCAGCUGUGUCGGGAGACGCCAGGAAAGCUUUGGACAUCUGCAGGAGAGCAGUUGAGAUUGUAGAGUCUGAUGAGAGAAAAAAAGCAAGUGAUCCAAAGGGUGAAAGUAAAGCGUCCCGGGUCAGCCUGCCGCAGGUUGCGAGAGUGCUGUCGGAGGUCUACGGCGACCGCAUGGCGUCUCAGAGCAGCGGUUCAGAGGGAGAGAGUUUCCCCCUGCAGCAGAAGCUGCUGGUGUGCUGCCUGCUGCUGCUCAUCCGCAAUGGGAAGAGCAAAGAGAUCGGCUUGGGAAAGCUCCAUGAGGUUUACAGCCGCCUGUGCGCUCAGAGGCAGGUGUCUGGAGUGGGUCAGGGCGAGUGUUUGUCGCUCUGCAGUCUGCUGGAGAGUCGAGGAAUCUUUGCCCUGAAGAAAGCCAAAGAGGCUCGUCUCACUAAGGUGUUCCUGAAGAUCGAGGAGAAAGAUGUCGAAAAUGCUCUGAAGGAUCGAACGCUGCUGGGCAGCAUCCUCGCUGGAGGACUCCCCUUGUGAUCGUUCACUCUUUUAAAGACUCAUUUUUAAGGUUGCACAAUGA